AUGAGUGAGAGUACCUCCAGCGGCAAUGGGACAACCCUGAGCAACCUCUCCCCCUUGCUUGAGACAUCGUAUGACCCGGCAGCACACCACAGUGGCUCUUCUUUCUCGGUCGCCGAGGGCGGCAGAGAUCGUCACCAGAUCCGGCGGACUUCCACAGGCCCAACAGGAAACGCUGCGCAGUUUUACGCGAGCGGCAACUCUCGCGCUUCGUACUACGCCGCGGAGGUUCCGCUGCUCUCACCGGUGGCUCACGCUGGCGAGUACAUGUACGGCAUGGAUGCCCGUAAAAGUCCUCUGAACGUCUCGGGCACCUCCCUGGACUCCGCCGUGGUGGAGGAUUCACAAAAGCGGUCGUACCACCCCGUCGAGUUUGUGCGAAGCGGUACCGACAACGUUGGCUCCCUUAAGAGCGCCGGCUCUAUGCGCCCCCUCAGCGUCUCCACCUACCCCACCGCCCCCAACGUGGCGUCGUUCACACCAGCCAUCAGCGCCAAGAAUUCUUUUGCCUCGUCACCGGAGAAAACCCUGUCGUCUGUCUUGACGCAGCCCAUCGCACACUCACGGAAGUCAUCCGGUGCAGCGAAGGGAGCAGGCCCGGUGCUGGAAGGCGGCACUCCACCUCUCCUCCCCCCUGCCUCGCAGUCAGAUCACCCGAAACCGUCCGCCACAAAGGUGCCAUCCUCCUCCUCCGAUUCCUUCACGUCCCCUCACGCAACAGUCGCGCCUUUGCAGCGCCAUUCAUUCACUGAUAUGCGCAGCCAGCUGUCGACCCAGCCCAGCCAGCUAGACGCCACUCCAACAGAGCCGCCCAGAACCGUGCGCGAUGCCUCCCCGAGCCCUCUGGUAGAGUCGGGCGCUGACCCUCCACGCUUCCCAGAACAGCUGCGGUCACAACCGCAUGCUUUCCCCAAGAGCAGCGUCCAGGCGCACAAGCUGUCCACACCCUUCUUGGACACCUCGCAUGGGGUAAGCAGACCGUCCCUGGUUCCCGCCCCGCCGCCACCGACUUUGCCACUCUGUGACAGCCUGCGCAGCUCAGAGGGAGACGUUCGCGGGUUGUGCAGCGACAAACCACCAGGCCUACCGCUCGCAUGCACGAUCCAUGAGACCCCGCUUGCCUUGCUAGCGAACUACUGCAGCAACAACGACGGCAGCGGUGAGGGAGGCAAGGGGAAUGAAAGCAGCAGUCCAGCGAGCCUUACCCCCUCGUCCUCCACAACCUCGCCGCCGCGAAGCGGUAGUGGCGCUCACGGACCACCGAAUACGCAGCCGUCACCCCCACCGAGUGCACCUGAGACACCGCCACAAGGCCCGCCGCCGCUACUCCCUCCACCGGCGCCGAAACCCGUUGCAUCACCCCCCGCUCCCAGUGCGGCCGCCUCAUCGCCAUCUGAGUCGACCUCCGAACAUGGAGGGGCCCAGUUACCCAUCUCGGCCCCUGCACUGAGCCCACCACCACGACCGCAACCGCAGCCGGAGCGGCCCGCGUCAGCUGACUUGGUGCACUUUGCACCGCUCAUUCAGCAGUUCGACUUUCUCAAGAAGGAUAUCAAGAGUAUUGCUUCUACCAGCGUCUUCAGUAUGACCGACGUGAACACGGUGGCAGUGAAGCUGCGGCUGCUGCGGAACGAGGUACUGGGCCGCGCCGAGCCAAUCGCAAACAUCCAGCAGACCGCCAUGAGGGCAGGACGCGUGAAAACGCUAACGUCAAGAACCCCGAACAAACAGCGCGCAUCAACAUCAGCUGUGGCGCCGCCAGAUGUGGCACCUGAGCUACCGCGUGUGGUCGAUGUCUCCGACUUUCACGACACCCUGGCCGUCUUUGACAACCCUACCCUAGCCAUCAGCUUUGCACUCUGGGGUAGCGUGGCGCCUUACAACGACUUGGUGAGGGCGCUGCGGGAGUUCUGCGCGCCAAAUCGUCGCCCGCGCAGCGGCGGCGAGGCAAGGCCACGAAACGGGGACGACGACGUCUCUGAAGCGGAGAGGCGACACGCAGAUGCAGUGGCCACGGCGGCAGCGCCUGCAUCGACACUGACGGGCCCCAAAAUACGCAUCUGGGUGCACUUCUCGUCCGUGCUGCGCUUUUUAAACCACUGCGGCAUCGAUGUGCUCAUCAUGUCACCCGACCGCAAAGCCGCCACCUCGUUCUGUGCAAAACACCCUCAUGUACACCAAGGCGGCCGGCGGCCCUCUGCCGACGUCACGCGCGCGACGCCGCUGCGCCGUGUGCUCGUCGCUCUCAGCUACGACCGCGAACGGGCACUGUGGUGUCCGCUGACCACCUCCAGGCAUAUUCGCCAAGUGGCAUCGCAGUGGCGCAAAUACCAGAGCUCCCAGCGGCUGCAGACGCGGCGCAAAGCCAGUCGUGGAAAGCACAAAGCCCACCCCGCAACCGCCGUACAGGCGGAGGGGGACGCCAUCGAAGCGACGGUACAGACGUGUGAGCAGCACCCAGCUCCCCUUCUACAACAGCCGCAGCAAAGCGAACCGGGCGGUACAGGCGCAGCUGCAGGUCAUGCCCCACACGUUGUCGUCACUGUCCCGGGCGAUAGCCCUAGCGAUGGAAGCAAGACACCGUCGUUAAAGUCGGGAAAGCGACCGCCCUUUCAUGCGGCUCUCUACCCAAACCUCGUGCAGACGGACGUGGGUUUCACGCUGCUUCUCCGGCAAGGCUUACAUCCACUCUUCAGGGCAGUGUGCGUGCGCCUCACGGUUGGCGUGCCACUCGGUUGUGUCGCGGUUCUCUUCGGUCUCACGUUGAUCGUCUACGCCACGAAGACGAGGGACGUAUGCCUCGUUGACGUCCGCGCGAGUCAGUGUGUUGACGCCGGCAGCAGUGGAAACAGGGGCGCCUUCUCCAACGCCAGCGACUCCAGCUGCCUCGGGAUUCUCUCGAGUCUCUUUCCCCCCGCGUACCACGCUAGUCUCUCGAAUCGUUACCUGUACGGACCACCCGCGGCACCGGGCAAUUGCCUCAUUGUGAGCAUCUGCUGCACCUUUGCAGCCCUCCUUGACAACGUCCUCAUCGUGUACUUUGUGGUUCGCUAUCUAGCCCUCGGUGGCGCGCAGCCGUGCUUCUUUCACCUUCUGCGCACCAUCCAAGCGGUGCUCGGCGCGAUUGCAUGCGCAUUCGCCGCCUACGUUCUGUCUAUCUUUCAUAGGCGCCUCCACGUGGUGCCGUGCGCGGCGCUCCCCGCCGGCGACGCCGUGCUGUGCGCCGCGCACCUUGAGAUCUGCACCAAUCGCUACGCCUACGGGGCACAUGGUCCCCUAAGCGGCACUAACGUCACCCUUGUCCUGGCGUGCGUGUACCUCGCCCUGUGCGUGCUCCACUGGCUCGUAGCUGCGCUGCCUGUCCUGCCGAGCAUUGCCACGCAAGACCUGAUUCCUACGGCAACCCCAGACACGUACACGUUCCGUCCAAGCCUGUUCGCCCCAGAUGGCCCCACGCCGAUAGAGAUGGACCAUCUCCGACAAGCAAUGCAGCUGCCGCUGCGGCAGGAGCUGCGUCACUGCGUUCAAGCGCGGGGUCGGCUCAUGACAACCACGACGACGAUUGGCGAGGUGAUGCAGGCGAACCGCGUGAAGAGCUUGAAGAUGACGGAGCUGAACGAGGCGCGGCGCCGACAGAGGGCACGGCCGUUUCAGCUGCGGUCACACGACGACGACAGUGAGCAGCGCGGGCAAAAAGCCCACCGCGGAGAACGACGGCGGUACGUGGUGGUUGGUACGGAAGGCGCGACGGUGAGCAGUCACCACGGCAGCCGGUCGUCCUCAUUGAGCUCGUCUGGCCUCGAUAGAGGCGAUGGCUGCACCUCGGCCGUGCUGCCUGCGCGGCUGCUGCAGCGCGUAGCGGAGAUCGGCUCCAGAGUGCAAGAGCGCGGCUUACCCAGGUCGACCGGCAAACCCCUCGGCUCCGACGGCGCUGUGCUCUCUCGUAUGCCGGCCGAGGAGCAGGUUUUGUCCUUGCCUGUGUCGCACCCGUCGCGUCGUCUCAGUGAUCCGCAGGAAUCAUCGUCCGGCUGCACGUCGACCACCGGUGCGCGGGCGGUCGUGGUAACAGGCGAGGAGUCGAUCGUCUCUAAAAGCGGCGGCGACGUUCUCGCGCGGCAGGGUGGUGCGCCAUCGCUGCCUGUGCCCCUUUCUAGUCGUCUGUUAGCCUCAACGGAUCUCGUGGCCUCACCCAUCUACACCUCCUAUGGAAAAACGGGACUAGAGCAACCGUCCGCUUCGUCCAUACUCACCAGCAAAACUCCUGCCCAUGCCUCGCCGACGGCGCCGGGUGAGAGGUACCGCCAUCCGAGUGGAUUCCACCACGCUAGAAUGAUAAGCAUACGCUCUGUUGAUAAUUCAGCCGCAGUCUCACAAACAGUGGACGAGGAGAUUGACCGCAUUGUGGCGCGGGUGCGUGCACGCAAGGAGGCCUUGAUUGACGGCGCUACAUGA